CGCGCGCAAGCUGGCAGUCGCUUAAAAAAACGUAAGCCGCCUUCUCCUCUCCAAGGGGAGUUAUUUGCCUCGCGCUCGCUCUGUCGAAAGUUCUCUCAAGAUGACUUUAGCACACUGCAGAGUCUGUGGUGAUGAAGGAGGUAACAGAGAAGACAGAACCCAAGAAAUCUAUAAAUUGGAGGUCCUUUUGCCAGCAGAGUACCACCAUGAAAUCUGCAGUUAUGAAGCAGUAGGCCAAGACGAUGACUCCAGGUUCAAUUGCCUGUUACGUCUGGAGGUCACCACAGAAGAAGAGGUUCAGCAGUGGCUGGUUGCAUUCCAAAGGUCAUCAUGCUUAACGUGGAGGAAGUCAAAGACCUAUCCUGCUGCUGGCCGUUACAACAAGUACAGGGUGGAUUUGAGAUGUCAACACAACACAAGAUACAAGUCUGCUAUCCCGGGCAAGAUGACCAAGAAUACCGAUUGUCCGGCUACUAUGACUCUUGUCUUGAAGAGAAGGGUCACAAAUUCCAAGUCCCAAGACCUACACAUCCACAAUGGUCUUCUCUUCAGUGUAAGGCUGAGGAACGAUCACAACCAUCAUAUCGCAUGUGCUGAUGCAUUUCGGAGGAGAGAUGUGUCAGAGGAUUGUGUAGGUAAAUUGAAGGACCUGUUCGAGCAUGGACAUUCCCCCUCAUCAGCUCUGGACACUCUGAAGCAUGAUCUUCAAGAAGACCAUGGAGAGCAAUAUGUCUAUGCUACGGUAGACCGCUCUGUGUGUCCAGAUCUUCAGUUCUGCUACAGAUUGUACUUCAAGAUUUUUAAGAAGGCAUAUGAAGCACCUUCUGGAGAAGAGAUGUUUGUGGACCUUGAAGAAAGGCUCCAUACAUACAAUGAGGAACAACAAGAAACCUGUGCAAAAAUCAAGCACACAGAGGACAGUCAAACUGUUGUUGCCAUAUGCACGCCUCUGAUGAAAAGGGUCCACACGAUGGUGGAACAGAGUGGAGAGAUGAUAUUCUUUGAAUCUUCAGGGAAGUGUCAUCGUCACAACAGCCGAAUUUUCGUCUUACUGACUCACUCUUCUGCUGGAGGGCUACCGUUGGGUGUGCUUCUCACUUCGUCAGAGAGCCAACCAACGAUAACCGCUGGGAUUGAACUGUUGAAGUCCAUACUUCCAGACAGUGCCUUCUUUGGAAGAGAAGCACACGGGCCACUAGUGGCAGUAACAGAUGACUGCCUGGCACUUUGCCAGGCAAUACAUUCAGUGUACCCACAGACCAGCUUGAUACUGGGCGUCUUUCACAUUCUACGAGCCAUGUGGCGCUGGCUAUGGGAUGGCCGCAAUGGCAUCAGCAAACAAGACAGGCCUCAUCUACUUGGCGUCUUCAAGAGUCUUGUGUAUGCCGAGUCAUCUGAUCGACUGAAUAAUCUCUACCAGGCAAUUGUGGAUGACCCAAUCGUCAAGAAAUACCGCAAAUAUACAAAGCACCUGGCCAGUGUGUUCGAGACCAGGGAGGCAUGGGCUGUCUGCUUCUGGAGCAACCUCUUCGCGAGUGGCAACAACGCAGCAGACUGUGUAGAGAGCGCCAUGAGGAUCAUGAAGGACAAGGUCCUCUACCACUUCAAGGCAUACAAUGUAACUCAGUCAGUAGACUUUCUUCUUACAAGAAUGGAAUCCUACUACACUCGCCGCCUGUUGGAUGUUGUCAACAACUGCACAGCUAACAUACAGCAAUCAAGAUACUUCCUGAGUGACGAUGACAUCAAUUGCCGCAAUAUUGUUCAGGAAGAUGAGACAAGCUACUCCGUGCCCAGCACUAAAUCCGGAGAGCUGUACCACGUGGACAUAAGUAUUGGUACCUGCACCUGCCCUGUGGGAAAGACUGGUGGACCGUGCCAACAUCAACAUGCAGUGAUGAAGACAUUCAAUGUCGUUGACUGCAACUUCAUGCCCACCACAUCACCACAUCUAAGGGAGUUGUACUAUACAAUUGCCACAGGAAGAGAUUACAUUAAGGAGGAAUGGUUCAUGAAUCCUUGCCAUGAGAGUGACUCGCCGCCUCCUGUAGAUGCCACAACUCCACCUCCCACCGCUGAUGUGUCUGUCCUGCAGAAUCCUCAGAUCAGGUUUGAUUUUUUCCAUCUCCAACGCGCCGCAGAAAAUGGAUUCCAGAAUUGUGGCACAAGCAGCAGGCCCACUGAAGACCAAGAUGUUCUAGGGAAGCUGCGGAACAUGUUUGACACUCUAAGUCAAAAGAUGAAUGAUGAUCCGGAUAUGUUCAGGUUCCCAAUCAAGAGCUUUGUGUCAAGGUUCGAAAAGAUUGCUUCAGACAGUGCGCUUAUCUCUGCUUUGCUCACAUUUGCCAAGUAUAGCACUUUCUCUGCUGCUAGACAAAUAAAGAUUAGGGCCAAAAAACGCCUUCCAAUAUCAUCGAGAGUCGGGAUGCAGCCAACCACUGUGACAAGACGUAAGACUCCCCUGGGAGGACGCCGAGCUUUGAUCACAGGUCGGCCCCCAAAAUCAUCCAGGCAAACAGAGCAUGGCUAUGCUAAACAAAGAGCCAGCACAAAUAGCGUGAAGCGAGGAGCUCUCCCCAAACUAAAACUUUCUGCCUUUCCAUCUCAAAGUGUGUAACAGAAAACACAUCACUGGGUGGUACACAAUCAACAAAGUUAUAAACCACAUCAAGCCACGAACCAAAAUUGAAAGCUGCUUGCAACCAAAACAGGCCCCCAAAUCCCUAGAAAUAAUUCUGCUAGAUUCCCUCAGCACAAUUCCUUCAAAAGAGAAGCCCCCACAUCACAUUAUCAUGCUGCAAAUGCAUUAUGGAGGCCUGAUUACUCAUUCAUUGGAUUAUAUCAGUGAUUAAGGAGCAGCCACGCUCACAAAGUCAGACUUUUUCCUCAAUGCGGAGACUUUUGUCACCGGGUCAGUUUCUGGUCAUGCCUGAACCUGUGCGACUGUUUUUAUGGUAGUUAAUGUAUCUCCCAGAUGCCCUCUCUAUCUACAUUUCAUUAUGCUGCUGUGAGAUCUAGUUUGAGCUCCUUGGGGUGACUGAUCUUUCAAGACUCCUUACUCUGCAGUGGUUGGGGUCCAGCCAUUAGGAGUCUACAGGCUUGUGAUGUAUACCUUGGUAAGGACCACAUGGAAACUUUUCCAAGAUAUGACCAUAUUUGGUGAUAUGGUGAAACUCUCAUCACCGCUCUGUGGACCCCUGGAUUUCAAACAUUGAAUUGUGAGAUACUGAACUGUGUGUGACUGCGUAUUAAGUAGAGCAAAUAUUUUGCAAAUUUUACAAUUUGUUAUCACACUUUUCAGAAACAACAGCAACCUUGUUUAGAUUAUUUUGUUCAUUAUGCUCUAAUUUCAGCACUGGAAUGAAGGACAUGGAUUUAUUAUUUUUCAGAUUGCUUUUAAAGUAAAACAGCUCUUAAGUUCUCA